AUGGCUUCCAUAACAACACGACAAGCCGCAGAGGCGCCUGGGGCCAAGGCCAAGGAAAAGACCUACCCAUUGAUGUCCAGACGCGAAAUUGAGGGCCUCAUUGCCGACGGCAGGACAAUUUUCAUUCUCGAUGGCUUCGUCCUCAAGGCAGACGCGUGGAAGCAGUAUCAUCCUGGUGGUGACAAGGCCAUGCUGCACAUGAUUGGCAGAGAUGCAACCGACGAAGUUACUGUCCUCCACUCUGCUGAAGCACGACAGAUGAUGAAUCGAUACCGUAUUGGUCGCAUCGAAGGUCAUUGGAAGAACUUCGUACCCCCGAUCCAAGGCGGUCACUUCCGCCCUCUGGCAUCACCCGAGUCCCCACCCGACAGUCCUUUGCUGGAGUCCACGACAGACAUCUCGAGCGAUUCUGACUCCAGGCCGCCGUCCCCAGUCUUUGACUCUGCAGGUCUCAAGUAUCGCAGCCAGAACUCGGCGCCGUCAGUUACAUCGGUUUCCUCAGUUGAUGAGCCUGAAGAUCUGCCUGAUGGCAUUGCUUUCCUAGACUCUCUAACCAAGAAGGAGAUCGACCUGGACAAAGCCACGUAUCCUUCUCUCGAUGAGGUCACCCAGAGGGACAUUGUGCAAAAAUACCGCGACCUGAAUGCGAGAAUUAAGGCCGAGGGACUAUACGACUGCAACUACGGUGCAUACUUCUAUGAAGUGAGAAGGUAUUGCGUGUUGUUUGGCUUGAUGGCGCUCACCCUUCACUGGGGAUGGUAUAUCACGAGUGCCGUCUUCAUGGGCAUGUUCUGGCACCAGCUUCUCUUCACUGCCCAUGACGCUGGUCACGUAGGCAUCACGCACAACUUUCACGUCGAUACCGUCAUCGGCAUUUUCAUCGGUGACUUCUUGGGCGGCCUGUCUCUUGGCUGGUGGAAGCACAUGCACAACGUCCACCACAUUGUUACCAACUCACCUGAACAUGACCCCGACAUCGAGCACUUGCCCUUCAUGGCCAUUUCUCACCGUUUGUUUGGUUCCCUGCGCUCGACCUACUACGAGCGCAUCCUGGAGUACGAUGCUGUGGCAAAGAUCCUGGUGCCGAUUCAGCACUACUCCUUCUACAUUCUCCUCAUGUUUGGCCGCUUCAACCUCUACCGCCUCUCUCUCGAGUUCAUCCUGCUCCGCAAGGGUCCCAGGAAGGGUCCAGCAUGGUGGCACCCGUACUUGGAGCUGAGCGGACUCGCCUUCUUCUGGUACUGGUAUGCCUACCGGGUCGUGUACUGUUCGAUCCCGGACAACCUGAACCGACUCGCAUUCGUCUUGAUCAGCCACAUGGUGACCAUGCCGCUGCACGCCCAGCUCACUCUUUCCCACUUUGCCAUGAGUACCGCCAACCUUGGCCCCACUGAGUCCUUUGCCCAGAAGAUGUUGCGCACCACCAUGGACGUCGACUGCCCCGAGUGGCUUGACUUCUUCCACGGCGGUCUGCAGUUCCAGGCCAUUCACCAUAUGUACCCGCGUAUCCCGCGCCACAACCUUCGCCGCACCCAGGUCCUCGUCCGCGAGUUCUGCGCCGAGGUCGGUAUCCCCUACGCCUUGUUGGGAUUUGUCGACGGAAACAAGGUUGUUGUUGGGAAACUUGCCGAGGUUGCUAGGCAGGCCACCUUCUUGGCAAAAUGUGAGCAGCACACCAUUGAGAAUGGCGGAUUACACGGUCAUUGA